AUGGCGACUGAGUUCUUGCGGGUCUUAUCCUUGGAUUACGCCAGUCAAAGGGAUAUGAGCAACCAGGCUGUGAACAGUUCUGAAACAGUUGUUACUGGACCAAAUGAAAGUACGGGAGUUGUAAGAAUCAACCCCGAAAAUGAGCCGCAGAAUGUCCUACCGCAAGCUCCGGCCCCGACGGCCAGACUUCCCCGAUCGCUCUCUAACGACAACAAAAUACUUCCCUCUGAAGAAGCCAAACCAAAUGAUUUUGAGAGAACCAAAGUCGGGAUCUGCAAACUCAGCAGCACCCCAGUGCAAGCCAAUUCCACCCUCCGGAGGGAAUCUAUAGAGACCUUUCCGUACAAGCACGCCCCUGGGGUAGGAACCGCCGGGCAAGCUGCUAUCCCUCACUGCAAAAUUCCCGCUUUGCAAAGCACAGACGGAGACGCUAAUCUAAACCUUGGUAAGAGCACACUGGAGCGAAACAAUGCCAAAGGCGCCUGGGUGACCUUGAGCCAGAGUACCGUGGUGCUGGGCACAGAUGGCAACACUUCUGUUCUUCCUGGCAGAGUCGAGGGGAAGAGUUUGUACCUAUGUUACAAAGGCAGGCGGUUGCCGGCCUGGGGCACCAGCCGGCGGCGGUACGCGUGUGCGUGCACCAGUUACGCCUCCGCGCGCUGCGGCAUUGCAAUGCUGAUCAUCUCUGUUCUAAUAGCCAUAUAUUAUAAUAUUAUUCUGUGCUACACACUUUUCUACCUUUUUGCAUCCUUUGUACCUGUGCUACCUUGGGCUUCCUGUAACAACCCCUGGAACACGCCAGACUGUAAAGACAAAAACAAACUUUUAUUAGAUUCUUGCAUUGUUAGUGACCAUCCAAAAAUACAAAUCAAGAACUCCACUUUCUGUAUGAGUGCCUAUCCAAACUUGACUAUGGUUAACUUCACCAGUGAAGGAAACAAAACAUUUGUCAGUGGAAGUGAAGAAUACUUUAAGUACUUUGUAUUGAAGAUUUCAGCAGGGAUUGAAUAUCCUGGUGAGAUUAGAUGGCCCUUGGCGCUGUCUCUCUUCUUAGCUUGGGUGAUUGUAUAUGCCUCCCUUGCUAAAGGAAUCAAGUCAUCAGGAAAAGUGGUAUACUUUACAGCUACGUUCCCCUAUGUAGUUCUCAUCAUCCUUCUAAUAAGAGGUGUAACCCUGCCAGGAGCUGGAGCUGGAAUCUGGUACUUCAUCACGCCAAAGUGGGAGAAGCUAAUUGAUGCUAUGGUUUGGAAAGAUGCUGCCACACAGAUUUUCUUCUCCUUAUCUGCAGCAUGGGGAGGUUUAAUUACUCUCUCUUCUUACAACAAAUUCCAUAAUAAUUGCUACAGGGACACCUUGAUAGUCACAUGCACCAACAGUGCCACAAGUAUAUUUGCAGGCUUUGUCAUCUUCUCAGUUAUUGGCUUCAUGGCAAAUGAGCUCAAAGUAAAUAUUGAAGCUGUGGCAGACCAAGGUCCUGGAAUUGCUUUCGUCGUUUACCCAGAAGCCUUAACGAGGCUUCCUCUCUCUCCGUUCUGGGCUAUAAUAUUCUUUUUGAUGCUUCUGACGCUUGGAUUAGACACUAUGUUUGCCACUAUUGAGACUAUAGUGACCUCUGUUUCGGAUGAGUUUCCCAAAUACUUACGUACACACAAGGCACUGUUCACUCUCGGGUGCUGCAUUUCCUUUUUCAUCAUGGGAUUUCCUAUGAUCACUCAGGGUGGAAUGUAUAUGUUACAGCUUGUGGACACCUAUGCAGCUUCUUAUUCUCUUGUCAUCAUUGCCAUCUUUGAGCUUGUUGGAGUUUCCUAUAUAUAUGGAUUGCAAAGAUUUUGUGAAGAUAUAGAAAUGAUGAUUGGAUUCCAGCCAAGCAAAUUCUGGAGAGUCUGUUGGGCAUUUGUGACUCCCACUAUUUUAACAUUUAUUCUCUGCUUCAGCUUUUACCAAUGGGAACCGAUGACUUACGGAGCUUACCACUAUCCAGGCUGGUCCAUGGUGCUCGGAUGGCUGAUGCUGGCCUGCUCGGUUAUUUGGAUCCCAAUUAUGUUUGUGAUAAAAAUGCAUCUAGCACCAGGCAAAUUUAUUGAGCGACUCAAGCUGGUGUGUUCUCCACAGCCUGACUGGGGUCCGUUUUUGGCCAAGCACCGCGGUGAACGUUACAUGAACAUGGUUGAUCCACUGGGAACCUCCUCCCUGGGACUUAAGCUGCCAGUGAAGGAUAUAGAACUGGGGACCCAGUGCUAA